AUGGCGGACCAAUCGAGAACCGUCGCGGCUGCGAAGCAGCUGCCUGUCUGCGUGACCGGAGCCAACGGCUUCAUAGGAUCGUGGAUGGUCAAAACCCUUCUCGAGCACGGCUACACAACCAUCCACCUCUCCUUGUUCCCCGGCUCCGACCAUUCUCACCUCUUCUCCCUCCCUGGCGCCGCCAGCCCCGCCGUCAGCCUGGUCGUGCACCACGCCGACCUCCUGGACGCUCCUGCCGUGGACAGGGCCGUGGAAGGCUGCGCCGGGGGCGGGAUCUUCCACGUGGCGUCCCCGUGCACGCUCGAAGACCCCAUCGACCCACAGGCGGAACUCGUGGACCCCGCCGUAAAGGGCACCCUGAAUGUUCUCGCAGCCGCCAGGAAGUAUAAGGUGCGGCGCGUGGUGCUCACAUCCUCCAUUUCUGCUAUGGUGCCUAACCCGGGGUGGCCCAUAGGCAUGGUUGUUGACGAGUCGUCGUGGACGGAUCUUGAUUAUUGCAAGCUGCGCCAGGUAACCUUUUUCUCAGUUUUACACUAA